AUCAAAAUAUCAACAGCGAGGAAUUUAGCAGGUUCCUCCUCUUCAUCCCAUGACAACUUCCCACGUCCAGAUUAGACAGAGCAGGAGAUGAUCAAUCCUGUUGGAGAUAAUGCCGUCGAGUACAGAGGAAAAAAGAGGGUGUUGCGUAAGAAUCACUCCAUCGAAAUUCCAAAGCAAACCCCCUAUAUCAGCGGCAGACGAAGAGCUUGGCCAGGUGCAACCCCCCUUCUUCUCUUCUCGUCCGUUUCCUCUCGCAACACGCCACGACAUGCCGACCAAGGUUCUACCCUUUUUUCUCACCAUGGUGUUCGUCCUGGGGAGCGCCCACGUCUUCCCGGCUGCAGCGGCGGAUGUCGAGGCGCAGAAGAAGGUGGUAGUGGCGGUGGAAGGCCUGGUCAGCUGCCAGGACUGCGGCAGCGUGGGGACCUGGAAUCUGGCCGGCGCCAAGCCGCUGCCGUCGGCCAGGGUGAGCAUCACCUGCAGGGACCACCGGAACCGGGUGGUGCUCUACAAGUCCGCGGCGGCGGAUGACAACGGGUACGUGUUCGUGGAGCUGUACACGACCACCAUGAGGGGCGGCUACUUCGAUCCGGUGGAAGCCUGCGGCGUGCGCCUCCUCGUGUCAUCCGACAUCCGCUGCGACCGCCCCACCGACGUCAACAACGGGGUGAGGGGAGCGCAGCUCCGGUACGAGAACACGACCAUCUCAGGCCAGUACGCCGACAUCGAUGUGUAUGUGGCCGGGCCAUUGGCUUUCAUGCCGGCCCAGUGUCCCCCAAAAACCACUCGAUCUUGAGCUCUCCUCUCAUGAUUUCUACUCUCCAUUCAUGUCUGUGGUUUCCUGGGUGAUCGUUUUGUGAAUUAAAUUGAUUUAGAGUUUCCAUGAUUGA